CCGAAGACACAAAGGGCAAGCUUUUUCUUACUAAAUAUAAAAUAUAGGAAACGUUUACCGAGACCUCCAAUUAAGGUAUAGAAUUACGGGGAGAACCAUUGACAAUGCAGUUAUACCUGUGUGUUUUAUUUUUCCUGGAGGCCGUGUCUGGACUCCCCUCCCAAUGUGACGUUGGGAUGUGGAGAGCUGACCCCGGGGACUGCAGUAAAUUCUGGAUGUGUGUGGUGGGGAAACCGGCGGAAUUCAAGUGUCCCUCCAACUCGGUAGUCAAUCACAUGAUGAGGGCCUGUGUACCGGCCGGGUCCUACCUGGAUAUCUGUUCAAAGAAACAGUCUUCGGUGUCAGAGAAGAAAGCUACGACAAUAACGCCCCCAACUCCCAAACCCACCACACAGAAACCAAUCGUCAAUCUCUAUACAGAAAUGUGUAAAAACACGCCCACCGCCAUACUUCCUCAUCCGGGCAGUUGUGCUCAGCACGUGGACUGCUCCAUGGUCACUAAAGGAAUUGUGGGAGUGUUCGAAUGUCCUUUCCCAACACUUUGGAAUCCAGAUACAAAACAGUGUGGUACCGCUUUAUCUGUGAAAUGUGGGACCAGAUGGGAACCCAAAGAUCCAUGUGAGUACAGUAGUAAUGUUUGUAAACACUCGGCCCACUGUAUUCCGUGUGAGGUGAGGUUCCCCAGCUGUAAGGGGCGACCAGACGGAAUCAACGCCUGGUCGGGCCGGGAGCGGACCCCGUAUUUUGUGGUGUGUGAGAAUGAACGACUUGUCCACCAGGGGCAGUGCACAUAUGACGAGGAAACGUCCCAUAUCAUUUUUGAUCCAGUAGAGCGAGUCUGUGUGCGACUGUAAAUUUAUACAGUUUUAAAGAUUGUUUGUGUUCUUGACAUACAUGUACAGACAAACUGAGUACAUGG